GCUCUUCUCUCUUUCCCUCCCCUUUCGAUAGUCGGAAUGAUGACACUACUUAGGUACUGAACCCGAGGAUAAAAAGGAGCCUAUCCAUGAAGUGCCUCCUCCUCGAGGCACUAGAGAGGAGCUCGCUAAGGUUUGGUUAGGUUUGGUUGUCAAACGCGUCAAAGACGUCAAGCGGGAAAGGCGUCAGGAAUCAACGCCGGUAUUACUUAUUGUUGGGCGCCGGGCAGAGGACGAGGUGGCAAACGGCCGAGAGCCAGCCAGGGGAACCCGUCUAGAAACGAGCAGCUCCGUUCUGAAGGAGAACAGCAGCAGUUUAUGGAGUUUUGAGAAGCGAAGGUUCCUGGUGAAGCGGACGUCUCCUCAGCUGAGCGCGUCGAGUUCUGCCGGGCUUGGUGACAAGUCAAAGCGCGCUCUGAGCUACCGGUAGGAAGCGAAGCAGACGGUCCAGAGCGCCAGCGGACUCUUUGCCCGCUCAGCGGAGGCGCGCGGAGAAAAAUGGUCACCUGCAGAAAAAUCGGAGGGUUCGCCGUCUCGGACUAUGUGGUCUUCGGGAUCAUGUUGCUUAUGUCCGCGGUCAUCGGGGUCUACUAUGCCUUCGCGGGAGGUGGCCAGAGGACCCGCGAAGCCUUCUUGAUGGGGGGCCGCAGCAUGACAGCUUUCCCCGUGGCGCUCUCCUUAACGGCCAGCUUCAUGUCGGCCGUGACGGUACUAGGCACCCCCGCCGAAAUCUACCGCUUCGGGGGCAUGUUUAGCCUUUUCGCCAUCUCCUAUACGCUGAUGGUGGUUAUAAGCGCUGAGGUCUUCCUGCCCGUCUUCUACCGCCUGAAAAUCACCAGCACUUACGAGUACCUAGAAAUGCGGUUUAAUAAACAGCUGCGCCUGUGUGGAACGGUACUCUUUAUUAUACUGACGAUACUUUACACUGGAAUUGUCAUUUAUGCUCCAGCUUUAGCUUUAUAUCAAGUUACAGGAAUUGAUUUAUGGGGUGCAGUUGUUGGAACCGGAAUAGUCUGUACUUUCUACUGCACACUGGGUGGUCUAAAAGCAGUGAUUUGGACAGAUGUUUUUCAAGCUGCAGUCAUGAUUGCUGGAUUUUUAUCUGUGAUUAUACGUGGUGUGAUAGUACAAAAUGGGUUUGGAAAUAUAAUAAAUGAUGCCUAUCAUGGAGGAAGAUUGCAUUUCUGGGACUUCAAUCCUAAUCCUUUGCAAAGGCAUACAUUCUGGACAAUUGUUGUAGGUGGUACUUUUACCUGGCUUGGUAUAUAUGCAGUCAAUCAGUCUCAAGUUCAGCGAUAUCUUUCCUGCAAAAACAGAUUUCAAGCAAAAUUAUCUCUUUAUUUAAAUCUUGUGGGACUCUGGAUAAUUCUUACAUGUGCAGUGUUUUGUGGAUUAGUAAUGUACUCUGUUUUUAAAGACUGUGACCCAUGGACAGCAAAAUGUGUGGCAGCAUCAGACCAGCUCAUGCCUUAUCUGGUAUUGGAAAUUUUACAAGAGUUCCCAGGAAUGACAGGUCUUUUUGUUGCUUGUGCUUAUAGUGGAACUUUAAGUACAGUGUCCUCUAGCAUCAAUGCUUUAGCUGCUGUGACUGUAGAGGACCUCAUUAAACCCCAUUUCGUAUUAACUGAAAUUAAAUUUUCUUGGAUUUCUAUGGGGAUGAGUUUCUUUUAUGGUUUUGUGUGCAUUGCUAUGGCUGCUUUGGCAUCAGUUCUAGGAGGAUUAUUACAGGCAGCAUUGACCAUUUUUGGUAUGAUUGGUGGGCCUCUCCUAGGACUCUUUUCCUUGGGAAUCCUUUUUCCAUUUGUCCACGCUAUGGGUGCAUUUAUAGGUCUCAUCUGUGGAUUUGUUCUUACCCUUUGGAUUGGAGUUGGAUCUCAGAUUUAUAAGCCGCUGGCAAUAAGGACCUUGCCAUUAACUCUUUCAGUUGCAGGCUGUAACGCAAGCAGCCUAAGCACAGGCAUUUAUGCAAUGGCUUCCACAGAGCUGCCAGCUUUCAAAAUUGAAAAUACUGAGAGACCCAUCCUGGCAGAUACUUUGUAUUCCUUAUCCUAUCUGUAUUUAAGUGCAGUUGGUACUCUGAUUACAAUUGGUGUAGGAACAGUUGCUAGCCUUUUGACAGGAGGACUUAAGCAGACUGUGGACAAAAAAUUAUUACUCACCAAAGAGGAUAUUUUUUGUAAUUUCUCAGGUGGUAAAUUGAAACAAGAAGAUAAAACAGUUUUGAACGGCACACCAAACAAUGAAGGAACUGACAAUCCAGCCUUCAAUCAUAUUGAAAUGGCGACAGACAAUAAAAAUGGAAAUGACACUUAUUUGUGAAAAUGUUGGAUACUUCGCUAAAGUUGAAAGCUAUUUCAAAUGUAUGAACAUGGAAUACAACUAAAAGUUUUGUUCAUGAGAAUACGUUAGAAAUUUCAUUCUAACGUGAACUUUUGCCCACUCAUAUUUUAACUUCAUUCUAUAUUGGCUGGGACAUUGCUAAAGAUUACAUUAUGCAAAAAGUAACUGCAAAAAUAUGGGAACAAUAACAAAUCCAACAUUCUGAUUUCAGAAGAUAUGUGAAGCUCAUUUUGGAAAUUAAUGCCUGUUACACCACUGUGUGCAAAAUGAAAACUAUGUUAUGAAUAUUUUUUAUUAUUUCUUUGGUUGUUGGCUGUGUGUAUUUGGGAGUAAGAUCAAAUAACUCAAUGAAACUUUAUUUCUGAGAAAAAAAUACAUACAAUUGCACUGCUAUGUUUUAUUUUUCAAAAGCUUCAUUUAUUUGUUUUUAGCAUCUCCCAGACUGUUACACAUUUCUUCACGCCCUGAUUUUUGCAUGGUAACAUGGAUUAUUGCCCAUGUGUAGAUCUCAUGUGGAACUUUUUCUCCUGGAUCCUUUAUGGUCAGGGU